UGUAAAUUGACCAUUUGUCGCACAUGUUGUGGAGAUAAGAGGGACAGUGUAACUUUUCUAGCCACUUGCUGUGCACAACGCCAACUGUUGACAGUCUGUAUCUGCUCACACAAUGAAGCCCUGGCCCUAACGCUGUCCUACCACGCAAUCGACGUUAUUUCGGAAUGAAGAACAAUCUGGGUAUUUUUUCCUGACGCUGUCUGAUUCUGUAAUGUCAGCAGUAUCGAAAUAUUGCGCACAUCCAGAUGAGGUCAUUUUCAGUCAUGUAACGUCAGCACCGACCUGAUGAAGGCAUAUCAUCGUUGCAUCACUAACCAGUCCUUUCCGAGAAGGAUGUUCAAUUCAGGAGGCAGAAAGAGUGUUGACAGUGUUUUUACCGCAGCUGGAGGGAAAGCCGGGCUCAGACCCAGAGCCUCUUUGGAGAAGGAUACAUGUGAUGUGUACUGACGCAAACCCGGGUUCGGAUAAUGAGCUGCUCAAGAAACUGGAACGGCGCGUCUUGUGCGAGUGAGUGUGCGGGCUGCUGUGUGCGUAGCAAAGACGUCUGUGCCGUGCUCACCAUUCAUGCACUGUGAUUAUUCCAACAAACACCUUUGCUCUCUCGUUCUCCCUCUCCCUCUGUCUGUCUGCCUGCCUGUCACUCUCUCACCGCCGCCUCCUCCCUCCUCUCCGUGCCACAUGUGCACUCGGUGUCCACGCACCGCGUCUAAUUGCCUGAGGGCCAUCAGAAGAUAUUAUUAAUAUUGAACACCUCCCCGCGCCCCUCAUAUUUCUCGUCACAACGGUCAAUAUGGCCACUCUGCAACAUCACCGGCAGCUUCUCAUGCACGGCACGGAAGUGAGCUGCGACUCCAGCGGGGAUGGCGCCGUGACCGUGCGGAUUACCAACAGCGCGCCACACGUGCAUCAACAUGAGCCGCUGAGGGCUGCCAGCAGUGGAGCAGGAGCCGGAGGCUUCGGGGGUGUGAGUAAAAUCAACCCUAACCUCCACAAAUACAGUAUUUCCUCCAGCUGCAGCUCAGACUCCAGACCGGCCGGGACCACCACUUCCAGGGUGCGUAGGAAGGCGCCGCCGCUGUUCGAGCGCUCUGCUGCUCAGUGCUGGGACCCCAAGUUUGACUCCCCCAUCCUGGAAGAAGCGUGCCAAGAGAGAUGCUUUCCUCAGACACAGCGGCGCUUCCGUCAUGUCCUGUUUUACCUGGCAGUGGCAGCUGUACUUUGGGGGGUGUACUUUGCGGUCAAUAGUGACCGCUGCAACCCCAUGGCCUUCCUAGUCCCCACAGCCUCCUUUUUAGUCCUCCUAGUGCUGCUCUUUUUAUUCACCUUAACCCAACCCUACACGUGGCUGUACAACCAAACAUCCUUGCUCCUGAUCGCGGCCACCUUCGCCAUCACCUUAGCUCCACAGAUACAGACUGCUGGCUACACUGAGCUGAAGAGGGCUGGCGGUGGCAAUGCCUCAUAUCCCCCACAAGUAGCACCAUCUCUAGCCCCUUGCAUCUCCCCCGUGGGAACCUUUUCCCUGUGCAUGGAGGUUCUGUUGUUAUUAUACAGUGUCCUUCAUGUCCGUCUGUAUGCCUCAGUGAUGCUAGGGCUCCUGUAUUCUAUAUUAUUUGAAGCAUUAGAAUGGCUGCCCUUGCUUCAAAAGAGUUAUGACACUACUGGAUGGGGGACAGGGUUAGUGGGUUCAGGUUCUGAUUGGGAAGGAGACACCCUCCGCUGGCUGGGCCCAGCCAAAGCUCUGCUCCACUUGUGCGCCCAUGUCAUUGGCAUCCACCUGUUCAUCAUGUCGGAGGUGCGAUCCCGCAGCACCUUCCUCAAAGUGGGCCAGGCUAUCAUGCACGGCAAAGACCUGGAAGUGGAGAAGGCCUUGAAGGAGCGUAUGAUCCACUCUGUCAUGCCGCGGCGAGUUGCAGAUGAGUUGAUGAAGCAAGGUGAUGAUGAGGGCGGCGGUGAGAACUCCGGCAAGCGUUAUUCCUCUGGUGCCUGCUCUGCCUCCGCCGUCUCAGUGGGUGGUGGAGGAAGCGGUGGAGCCUCACAAGCCCAAAUUGCCACAAGCGGCAAGAAUUACCCUUAUAACAAUCACAAACGCAAGAAGACCUCCAUCCCACGUGGACAGAUAAUCUUCCGGCCUUUCAAUAUGAAACGCAUGGAGCCUGUCAGCAUUCUCUUUGCGGACAUUGUGGGUUUCACUAGAAUGUCUGCCAAUAAGUCAGCACCGGCCUUGGUGGGCCUUCUCAAUGAUCUGUUUGGACGUUUUGACCGGCUCUGUGAACUAACCUGUUGUGAGAAGAUCAGCACCCUGGGAGAUUGCUACUACUGUGUAGCUGGCUGCCCUGAGCCGAGGCCAGACCACGCCUACUGCUGUGUAGAGAUGGGCUUGGGCAUGAUCCAAGCCAUAGAGCAGUUCUGCCAGGAGACAUGUGAGACCGUCAGCAUGCGUGUCGGCGUCCAUACGGGCACCGUCCUGUGUGGGAUCCUGGGAAUGAAGCGCUUCAAGUUUGAUGUGUGGUCAAACGAUGUCAAUCUGGCUAACUUGAUGGAGCAGCUGGGCGUGGCGGGCAAGGUCCACCUGUCAGAAGCUACUGCCCGAUUCCUGGAUGACCAUUACCAAAGGGAGGACGGGCAGGUGGCGGAGAGAGCCGGGCAAAGUGUGGUGGAGAAACUGAAGGGGCUGAAAACCUACCUGAUCUCAGGAAGGAAGUUGGAGCUUGAUGUGCAGUGUGGCUGUUCUCAGGUGGGACUGCCGGAUGGAGAUUUUGUUGGGGUCAGCCUGUCCUCCUGUCCUCAGCCCUGCACACCGGACCUCAUCCCAGGGGGAGCACAGGCUGCUGAGCCCCUGCUGCCUCACCAGCCUCCAGACAGGAUCAGGCCUCCCUGUGUGUCCCGUAGUGUGGUCUUGUCUCCGGGGACAGAGCAGGGGGAUGAUAUGGCCGUGCUGAACGGCUGCCAGGAGGAGCACAAGACCAGCAGUGCCAAGUUCAUCCCAGGUCACAGCCCCAGAGCAGCCAACGGUCUCCUGAGUCCCCCGCUGGAGGACCCGGUGCGAGCCAGCCAGAGCUCCCUGUGCGACAUGCUCCAGGAGAAAGAGAAGAAGACGAGCACUAGCACGGGGACCGGCACCAGUCUAGGCAUGGCUGGAGGCACAGGGGCAUCAGGCCCGGGAAUGGACCACUCCGCCCUGAUCCAGCUGCGUGCCAAGAACUUCAGAGAAAAGAGCGACGUCCACUUUGUGGAUGUUAUCAGGGAGGACAGUCUGAUGAAGGACUACUUUUUCAAGCCACCCAUCAACAAGAUCAGCCUCAAUUUCCUAGAGAGACCUCUGGAAAAGGCCUAUCGCAGCAGCUACAAGGAGGAGGUGAAGAACCAGGUGCAAGUGCAGACAUUUGCGAGCUCCACCUUCAGCUCCUUCCUGGAUGUUCUCCUCAGCUGUUUUGUCUUCUUGGCCCUGACGCUGGCCUGCUUCCUUCCACCUCUGGUGAGCCCGGCCACCGUGGGCCCUCCAGCUCCUGCUGCCCUGGCCCUGGCUCCCCUGGCGGGCCUGUUGGAGCUGGCCUCCCUGGUACUGUCCAUACGAAUGGCCUUCUAUUUGGAGGAGGUGAUGAACUGUACCCGCUCCCUGCUCCUGGUGGUCUCUGGAUGGGUCCCCCGUCACGUGAUUGGGGCUGUGUUAGUCUCCCUCCCUGCCAUAUCUGUCUUGUCCCACCUCACCUGCAGCGUCCAAUUGCCCCUCCAGGUGACCAUGUUCUUGUGCUGUGCCACCAUCCUGGCCAUCAUCCAGUAUUGUAACUUCUGUCAGCUAAGUUUUUGGAUGCGCUCAGUCCUGGCCACUGCAACAGGGGUCGCCCUGCUGCUGUUUCUGUACAGCCCCUUGCACAGGUACAGCUCCGGUAAUAACAGCUCGCCAGUUCAUGGACUGAACAUCUCCACAUCCAGUGAUGGUGGUUCAGCGUUAGACACUCUUGGCCCUGAACCUCCCCCGCAACCUCUCGACCUUCUGAUCCCAGAGGCUGUCCUGGCCUUCUUUCUGCUGCUUCUCCUGGUCUGGUUCCUCAACCGGGAGUUCGAGGUCAGCUACCGUCUCCAUUACCAUGGCAAUGUAGAGGCUGACAAACACCGCUCCAAGAUCCAGACGAUGCGAGACCAGGCUGAGUGGUUACUGGGCAACAUCAUCCCCAUCCAUGUCGCUGACCAGCUCAAGGUGACCCAGAGCUACUCCAAGAAUCACGACAGUGUGGGCGUGAUCUUUGCCAGUAUUGUAAACUUCAGUGAGUUCUAUGAAGAGAGCUACGAGGGUGGAAAAGAGUGCUACCGUGUCCUCAACGAGCUAAUUGGAGACUUUGACGAGCUCCUUCGUAAACCUGAAUUCAAAAGCGUGGAAAAGAUCAAAACAAUCGGUGCCACCUACAUGGCAGCGUCCGGACUGAACGUCCAGGAGUUGGCUGAGAAUGAUGAUGACUCUCUGCACGCUCACCUCAGGGCACUUUUCAACUUUGCCCUGGAGAUGAUGGGCGUCCUGGAUGACUUUAACAAGAACAUGCUGGGUUUUGGUUUCAAGCUCCGUAUUGGAUUUAACCACGGGCCGCUGACGGCGGGGGUGAUCGGCACCACUAAGCUGCUCUAUGACAUUUGGGGAGACACGGUCAACAUUGCCAGCCGCAUGGACUCCACUGGGGUGGAGUGUCGGGUGCAGGUGAGCGAGGAGAGCCAUGCUGUGCUCAGUGCCAUGGGCUUAGAGUUUGACUAUAGAGGUACAGUGAAUGUUAAGGGCAAAGGUCAAAUGAGGACCUUUCUGUACCCCAAAAGUGGGGAAAGUAUAUAUCAAGAUCGAACGGAGCUGGGCGCCAGGGUAGGACCCUCGUCCGUGGCAUCGACAGCCAAUAAUACUUCAGAAUCUGUUGCUUGUGCAGCAGCUCUUCCCCGCUCUUCUUCCACUCCUCCUUCCUCCUCUCUUUUCACACUCCCUACUCAACCACAGAGCGUUAUAAGGCCUUCAAGAGCAGGGCCUGAGCCUGUCCAAGCUAAGUCCACAGAGGUGAGGGAGGAGGGAUAUAGGGACCCUCCACACCUCCCUGGGCAGUCCCCUGCCAAAGACCUUCACCUCCCUCCACACUCUGAACUGGGCCAAGAGCCUAGUGCAGCACAAGUGCCCUCCCAGGUGCAGCCUGCUCCUCUCGCACUUCAAGAAGAGGAGGAUGAAGAGGUGGAGACCAACGAGCUAACAAUACUCAACGAGGAGUUUUAUGCCCGUCUUUGAUCCCUGCUCUUCUCUUCCCCUGUCUUCUGCCCCACUGCUGCCCCCGGCUGCUGACUCUCCAGGACCGAUUGCAGGUGCAGGGCAGGAUGUCCCUACCUUUAGGCGUGGGUGAAGUGGCUUCGGCAGAUGAAGAAGAGGGAGUUUUUCACUCCAACACAAACAGUGGCUACAGUGGCUAUGAAAAUGGCUACUACUGUCUUUCAUGAUAAUGUUGCCUGAGUGCUGGGGUGGGUUAGACCUGUGUUGAGCACAGCAGUGUAUAGGGAAGAAGGCUGAAAGGGGUUCAGAGGGAAGGACGUUUUGUUGUUGAUGAUUUUUCUUAUUCAUUUUUGUUAUUAAGUGCCUUCAGGACUAGAACAGUGAACAAACAAAUAUGAAUACUGAACAAAGUUUUAACAAUCUUAGACUACAGAACAUGCUGUGGUUUCUUACUCCAUGCUUUUUAUUUUCAAUGGAAGUAUUUCUUUAAAAAAAACAUUAUUGUUGUGCCAUAUCAUUUCUUUUAACGUGAUCAAAGUCUAGACCUUACUUAAGGGGACAUUAUUUUAGAUUCUAUAUAAGUGCCAGUGCAGCAUAAUGGGCUGAGCAGGGAACUAUGGGAAGAAUGAGGGAAUACAUAAAGCAGUGUUAAUUUGUAAUUCUGCUUUGAAAUGAGGGCUUAAAACAGUAUUAAUUUGUGCUAGUCUCGGUAAAAGAGGACAUGCUACAAAGCAGGCUGCAUACAUUUUAGUUUGUAUAGCAGCUAAAUGCACAUUUUAAGCACAGGUCUUGCACAGUGUUUUGUCGACCACUUGUAUUUGGUAGUUAUUACCGUGAAAUAGAUUUUAAGAACGUUGAAACAGAGUUCUUGUCCGUCACAAGUACAAUCAAAAGCACAACAUGAAAUCAAAAAAGGGAAUAUAGAUAUGGAGGAAAAGGUGGUUUUAAACAGUGAGAUGAUCACAAACGCAGGAAGGCACUUUAAAUAUACUUGAAGUGAUAUUCCACUGAAGAUGUGUCUUUUGAGUAUGACCCGUUCUGCUUUUUCAUUGGUCAGAACCACUCCGUUGGAGCUCCCUCAUAGGCUAGACUGAAAGCCGCUGUGUUGCGUAAAGAGAAAUAGGGCAAACAACUAACUUGUUGCACCUACCUUUACCUAGAGAUAUUCUAUUAAAUUAUUUUUGUUGGUACAAAACAAAUUAAAAGACCAAAAGUAUUUAGUAUGUUUGGGGGCAUUGUAUGUCUUUUUUUCAUUAUAGCAAAGUAAAGUAAUGACAGGAAACGAGAGAGAGAGAGAGAGAGAGAGAGAGAGAGAGAGAGAAUGACAUGCAACAAAGGUCCCUUAAUCCCUUGGCCAGGGGGACUGUAUUCAGUGGCUGAUGUGGUAUGUUAGUGAGUAUUUACAGCAGCAGGGCGGUGUAUGUGAGAUUGACUCAAAAUGAAACUACAUAGACCAUGUUUAUUGUAAUGAAGCAACAUGUGAACCAGUGUAACAAUGUGGCUCAUUAUUGUUUUUAAUAACAGAACUCUAAGGCACAGAGGAAUGACAUCAUACUACACAGACAAUACUUGUUAGUAAGAUCAAUUGAUCAAUUAAUCAAUGGUUUUGGUCUUUUCAUGGAAUUUGUUAACCAUAAGAAAAAUACACCAGACUUAUCCUUUAAAGCCUACAGUGGGGUGAGAGUUUGAUACUCAAAAGAUGUUGAGUGGAGUAUCACUUGAAGUGGGACUGUGAGGGAGAAUCAGUCUUUAGAUAUUGAUAGAUGAUAAGGGUUAGUCCACAUUGCUGUUGGUUAAAGUGUUAAAGUGCAGAUCAAGUUAAUCAUUCAACAGUUUAAAACCUCGCACUCAGAUGUAGUUUCAUUCGUUGCCUUCAUUGCAGGAAAAAAGAAAAACAUUGGUCAGUCCAUCACUAUAGAUGUAUUCAAUAGUUAAGUAUUGUCUGCCUUUAGCUUUGUGAUUUGCUGUUGAAGGGGUGGGACUUUUAACUUUAUCCUGUCACAACCUUUAUACGGAGAAGGCCCUCUACUGUAUCAAUAUACAUAAAUUGUGCCACUUUAAUUGAGUGAUCUACAGGUGCAGUGCAACCUAAACUAGCUGAUUGUUUUGUGGUGCCUAAAAAGUAUGACUGUAUUUUUUGAGUAUUUUGGUUUUCAGAAAGUUUUUUAUCAUGCUGUUUUCAUAAUGACGAUAGAUUAUGACUGUAUGUUUGAAGAAAUUAUGCUUGUUGUGCACGUUUUGCUGCAAUUGUUUUUCACAAAUUCCAUUUGUUUUUGCUCUUUUCCAUUUCUUUCAUACUGUCAUCAACCGGUAGCCUGGACUAGUGUGGUGGUGGUGUUCUCAUUGAAUAGCUGGCACCUCUGUAGUUCUCUUUGUUCCUUAUUCACUUCAUGCUUUUAUCUUUACUCUUUAAAGCACUUGUUUCCCUCUUGUACUUUGCGUGUAUGUGUGAGAGAAAGAUAUUUAAUUUCUACUCCAAGUCAUUAAAAUAGAAAAGAUCACUGUAAUAUGAUGCAAAAUAAUAUCAAUCAACUACAUGGCCACUGUUUAUUUUGCUGUUGAUGCCUUAUCUGUAGUGGAAUAACAUGCACAAAGCUGCAUUCUUUAAGAAAGCCCUGAAGUUUGAAAUAUGUGUAAUGAUGCGGCAAACACAUACAAACCGCCACAUAUUUUAGAGACUGAUCAACAUUUGGGCUAAGUAAUCUUGCCUAGAGAACCUAUGGCCACACACAUAGCUACAGAGAUGAUAUGAAAAAGAAGGAACCAUCUCUUUUUAUGUAGCCAUCUCCAUCUGUAGCAUAAAACGCAUCUUUGUUUACCUCUACCAUUGUGCACUCCAAACAUACACAGCCAGUGCAUUUUGAAUUAGGAAUAUGCUUUUAAAAUAUUUUGUAACAGGCACAUCUCUCGUAUGCUUGUAGUGCAUAUUCUCAACAUGCUCAAGUUUGCCAAAACCUAAUAAACCAUACCACACAACGUUGUAAAAACAGAUGAGAAUAUCAGUUAUCAGUUUUCAAGGAAAGUUUCCCCCUACAUUUUCCAGAUUACCCUUCUGCCUCACGUUGUUAGAUAAUCCUUGGUGAUUGAUUUUUUAUGUCAUGUAGCCUUAGCAUGCACCACAGUAACAGAAACUAUCCAUAGUAGAUAUGAGAUAUGGGGCUCCACAGGUUGACGGGCACACCACAACUCCAGUAGCGCACAUCUGUACACACGUAUAAAUAAAAUAUUCAAGUGAACACUGCUGGCUCUGUGGUCUGUUAUACAUGGGGGGAGAAGUAUGCGCGAUCUUGUUUGCAUGGGAAUGAAUGAGCAGUUUUCUUUUUUUGCCAGAUACAUUACAUUUUUAGUUUGAUUCUGCACCAUGCUAUCAUCUUUAAAAAAAAAUUGAAUUUCAAUAUCAUUCUUUCUACAGUUAUGUUGAACAUUAAGCAUGUAUUGCCAACACGCAGGAUUCUUUAAAUCACUAAGCUUUGCUCAUUUAAGGUUACUUGGAUUUUACUCUUCUCUGACAGUGUAUUGAUAGAUGAUGUGUGCACCACAAGAUUUGUUUUAGUUUUGGCAGAGGAAAAGACCUGUCUUUAGAGGUCCAGCGCUCCAGUUAAAAAAAAAUGCAUUUAAGAACAGCCAAGUGCAUUGAGGAGAAGUUUAAAGCAUUCAGUCAUCCCUUUUUUGUUGAGGAAGUGUGAUUCUGUUUAUCUGACGGAAAAAUAGAGGAAAGAGUGUUCUAUUAGCACUUAUUAAAAUCAUCACAGAAAAAUAGCAUUGCCUUAUCACUAAUUUAAAUGGUGACAGCUCCACAUCUUUGUAUUACAAAGUAUAAAUUCAACCCGUAUGUGUUUUUAAUUACACUGGGACAAAACUUAGACAGAGUUGUUUGAUUUCAAAUCUUUGUGUAUUUGUUUUAUGUUCAUGAAAGAGUUGUAUUAUGUAUGUUUUGUGCACAUUACCCAUGUAUCAUUUAUCAACACAUGAUCGUAAUCUGUACACAUUUGCACAAAGCACUCUGUUUGUACAUAUGCAGUUAUUUUAUGUCACAUAUGAGUUUUUUUAUACAUGUGCAUGUGUCAGAUUUUGCCAGAAAACAAUGAAAAAGCGACACUUACUAUCAAAUUGAUUUAAUGUGUGUCUGUUUGAGUGAGUGUUUUAUUAUUUUUAUUUCAGUAUGAGAGAAAUAAAUCUCCAUGCAGAAAAAAAAAUUGAGUGCACUGUGAAGUAUAAAGGAAAGAUGAGUUAAUGUCAAA